UUUAUUUCAGAUUUGAGGGGAGUCUCAAUAGAUUUGAUAAGGAUUUAUGGUUGAGCUAAUGAAAAUUAUUGUUUUAUAAUACUCCAAGAUUAAAAAAACAAAAAACUACUUUUAGCUCUUUUUUCAAAUCCUACCAAAACACCGUAUAUGGGACCAUAAUCUUGGUGUGAAAUCCUAUUUCCAGUCAAAGCAGUCAGAGGUGAAACCACCGACUCUGCUCGCGCCGUUGAAGGCUCGCGCCGUUGAAGGCUCGCGCCGUUGAAGGCUCGUCGCAAAUCCUAUCGUGACCCAAUCGCUGCCCACCGUUGUCGUCGAAAGAGAGCUUCAACGAAAACCCACGGUGACUCUGCCCUAGCCCACGCGCUACCGCUUCCAACGGUGACCCUGGUCUGACCCUUUGUCGUUGUUGCUGUAUCGACUGUCGAGGGGCCUGUCUUAUUCACUGCCAUACCGACCGUCGAGCUUUUCUUUCAUGGCGGAGGAAAAUUCUCAAUUGAACAACUUGCAAGAAGAAAAUGGAGCCUCAGAGCUUCAAAGUCUUGUAGAAAGAGUUGGUGACCUUCCUCCAUUGUCUCCAAAAGAAGGAGGUGACAGUAAAGAAGUUUCAAAGAAGAAAAAGAAGAAAACUAGAAGCAAGAAAAAGAAAGAACUCUUAGAACAAACUGAUCCACCAUCAAUUUCUGUUAUUGACCUAUUUCCAUCUGGAGAUUUCCCUGAAGGUGAAAUUCAGCAAUACAAAGAUGAUAACCUAUGGAGAACUACAUCAGAGGAGAAGAGAGAACUGGAGCGCCUGCAGAAACCAAUAUAUAAUUCAGUUCGUCGAGCAGCAGAAGUUCAUCGUCAGGUUCGCAAAUAUAUGAAAGGCAUUUUAAAGCCUGGAAUGUUAAUGACCGACAUAUGUGAAACAUUGGAGAACACUGUCCGUAAGCUAAUAUCAGAGGAUGGCCUUCAAGCUGGCAUUGCAUUCCCCACAGGAUGCUCUUUAAACUGGGUUGCUGCUCACUGGACCCCAAAUUCAGGGGACAAGACUAUACUUCAGUAUGAUGAUGUGAUGAAACUGGAUUUUGGCACCCAUGUUGAUGGAUAUAUAGUUGAUUGUGCUUUUACUGUGGCAUUCAACCCUAUGUUUGAUCCAUUGCUUGAAGCCUCUCGGGAAGCAACUAAUACGGGUAUUAAGGAAGCUGGAAUCGAUGUGCGCCUUUGUGACAUUGGUGCCGCUAUACAAGAGGUCAUGGAAUCUUAUGAGGUUGAGAUUAACGGAAAGGUGUAUCAAGUGAAGAGUAUACGGAAUUUGAAUGGGCAUAGCAUUGGUCGCUACCAAAUCCAUGCUGGAAAAUCUGUUCCCAUUGUGAAAGGCGGGGAGCAGACAAAGAUGGAAGAGGGUGAAUUUUUUGCUAUUGAAACCUUCGCAUCAACGGGAAAAGGAUAUGUACGAGAAGACCUGGAAUGCAGCCACUACAUGAAAAAUUUUGACGUUGGUCAUAUCCCGCUGAGAUUGCCUAGAGCAAAACAACUGUUAGCAAAUAUUAACAAGAACUUCUCUACUUUGGCCUUUUGUAGACGGUAUUUAGAUCGCCUGGGGGAGACUAAAUACUUAAUGGCAUUAAAGAAUUUGUGUGACGCUGGCAUUGUUCAGCCGUAUCCUCCUCUGUGUGAUGUGAAAGGAAGUUAUGUAUCACAAUUCGAACAUACAAUCUUACUCCGACCAACAUGCAAAGAAGUUAUAUCAAGGGGUGAUGACUACUAAUGUGAAGUUGAAGUUUUUUUAAUGUGAUAUUGUACCAUUAUAUUUCUGAACUGUUUUCGCUGUACCAUCAACAUAUCGGUUUUAUAAUUAUAUGUUUCUACA